AUAAGCUUACAGUCAUAUUCUGUUGAGGAUUACGAGACGGAAAACUCGAGAAAAUGGCAAGAACCAAGCAGACGGCUCGUAAAUCCACCGGCGGUAAAGCCCCGAGGAAGCAGCUCGCUACCAAAGCCGCCCGUAAGAGCGCUCCAGCCACCGGCGGCGUCAAGAAGCCUCAUCGCUACAGGCCCGGCACCGUGGCUCUGCGAGAGAUCCGUCGCUAUCAGAAGUCCACCGAGCUGCUGAUCCGCAAGCUGCCCUUCCAGCGUCUGGUGCGAGAGAUCGCUCAGGACUUCAAGACGGACCUGCGCUUCCAGAGCUCCGCUGUCAUGGCCCUGCAAGAGGCCAGCGAGGCUUAUUUGGUCGGUCUGUUCGAGGACACCAACCUGUGCGCCAUCCACGCCAAGAGAGUCACCAUCAUGCCCAAAGACAUCCAGCUGGCGCGCCGCAUCCGCGGAGAGCGCGCUUAAACUCCUGAUUUCAUAAGUCUUUAAACCACAAAGGCUCUUUUCAGAGCCGCCUCAAUUUUUCUAGCAGGGAAUUGCCCCGUUUGAUGUUUUCCUGAGAGCAGCCACUGAUUUUCUCAUGAGCGGAUGAGUGCUCCCUCACAAUAACGCUACAGCUAAGGCAUUAGAGAAGCAU